AUGUUGCGUCCUGGGCAACAUUCGCAAUUCGUCGCUGGCCAUUCGGAUUCUAGCACGGACAGGACCUCUUCAAGACCGGAAUCGAGACCGCGAAAGGACAUGGCGACUGUGCGGCCUUCCAGGCAAGACGCGAGUAGGCCGAGCACGACCAGCAGGAUACCGCAAGCUCCUUCACAGAGACGUCCAUCUCUUCCGGGCCAGGGAAGCCGGCCGCCACUUACACACCAGAACCAGUCCUGGAAUUCCGUGAGCAGUACUGUCUCUUCCAGGUCUGCGUCGCAGACUGCCAUUCCCUCUGCAUCGCCGCCCGCCAAGUUGGCCGAUCCCCGGACGAAGUCACCCCGCAACGUCUUGCGCAGGAAAUCCGCAAAUUGGUUCCAAGGCCCGGCGAACCCGCAGCCCGACAGCUCUCAUUCCAGCUCGGAGAGAGGCAGUGGCUCGUCCGGCGAAGCUCGCUCGCAGGCAACACCUGAUUCAUCCGCGUCCCAUACCCUCGACCGUUUCAUUACCGCCAGCCCGAUGGAGAUCCAGGUUGCACAGGCAGUGGAGCUACCGGCGACGUCGGCUCAUACUGUGACGAUAUACCCUGAGCUCGACAGGUAUCGGGAUGUCAGGCCUUUUGCAACGCCCGAUGGCCUGGGCUUGGAUCUUCCUUACAAGCUUUCUACCCAGGACUUGCCACCCCCUACUCCAUUGUUCUCGGGCACGAGCAGUCAGCUCAGCGGGUUCAGUGGGAGCCCAUCCACCAGGUUCUCGGAGUCUCCCGGGCCAGGGCCCUACUCUCGGGAUACCACUCCCACGUCUAUCUCUUCUCAGUCUCCUUGCUUGGUUGCGCCGAUACGGACACCCGGCCCAAGGACCAUCAAACAUAGCAGCCCGGCGCAGGUACGACAGAGGAGGGGCACAAACGAGGAAGAUGAAAUCACCAAGGCCAAUCUGUCCACCAUCCGGGAGCUGUCGACUAGCUCUUCGUCCAACUCGACUGUGAGGGCAGAGGACAGAAAGGAGAAGACGAAGAAGAAGAGGCUGUCUCCUCCCCCUCCCAGUCCGCCGCCAAGGAAAUCCUCCCAGAAGUUCAAGGCCAGCCCUCAGAAGGAUGCCUCUCCUGCUUCCAAGCAGGUUCGAGGCAAGAGCCAACCCUUUCCUAUCUCUCCUCCUCCGCAAGCUUCUCCCGCUCCGAGGCAGAAGCCUGUGACUUCUCCACGCGCCACGCCGCCCAUCCGUCCGAGCAGAGAUGGCACCCCGGAUCUUCAUUCCCAGUUUGGAUUUCCACUGCCGGUCAUUCAUAGCAACCUGUCUUCCAGCUCGUUCACAGAGAACAGGCGAACGAGCGUCGGCCCGGCACCACCAAGCGCAGGUAGCAGAUCCGUGACCCCGGCUUCGGCUUCUAAUGUAGACCGCCCCCAGAUAUCUUCCAAAGCGCCCCGUGGAAAGGAAGCAGCCUCCAGUAGAGAGAUCCCCCAACCUCAGGCCCAGGAGGCCGGCAGGACCACAAGAACUCCCAGUCCAAGCGUGUCAACCUUCCGGACUAGGUUUCCCUUGUUUGGCAGACGCACCAAAACCACGUCAGACAUCCCCCAGGUGGACAAGAAGGAAAAGAAAGCCCGCAAAGGCCCGGCCGCUGGUACUGGCCAUGAAGGCUAUGGACGCAUUGGUUCGCACCGAAGGCGAAGUAGCACCAGUGGUUCUGGCUCCCGUGAGCUUCCUGGAUCAUCUCAGGAGAGUCUUAGCAGUGUUCAGUCCCAUGAUCCGUUCCUUCUGGAGAGGAUGAACCCCAUUGUCAUCUCUAGUGGCGAGGUUAUCGAGAACAGGAACACCAGCUCUGAACUGAGCCGCACCGAGAGUAACCAGAGUCUGCCUUUCGGCCGGCCGAGUGUCGACUCUCGAAACGAUUCUCAGGUCUCGCUUUCAUCCCGGGACGGACGCCAAACACUCUGGCCUUCUGCCUUUCCACGUGGAACAACCACGGCCUCUUCAAUCGGUUCUAGACGGCCCUCCGACAGCAGUGAUUUCGAAGGAGUAGCGAUGAGGUCGACUUUGGCUUUUCGACGGUCCAUGCAGCGCCUCAAUCAAGCACCUGACCAGCCACAGAUCCGCCUACCGAAGCCGAUUGUCGUCCGCCCGCCGCAGGGUAUCCCUCAACCUUCCAUCAGUAGCCUGGACACUGCCAUCAUGUCCGAUGAUUCCAUCAUGGAGCCUGCCCCGGAACCAGUACGGGGACGCAAGGAGGCCACCGCGCCAAAGAAGCUCACCAAGAGGACGCGGUCUCCCAGGAAGUGGAACCUCUUCGGCCGUUCCCAGAGCCAGCCUGCAGUUGCGCAGCAGCAGCCAAAGGCAGCUACGAGAGUGGCCACGAGCGUGAAGGUCGUGCAGGUGAAGCAAGAGCCGAAGCCGGUCGCUUUCUACACGAUGAUGGACUCAUCUGAGCAGGAAGAUGAUGUGGACAUCCCUGCCGUUCAGAACAUCCUACGUGAAGCCCAGGUGCUGCACCUACCACCCAAGGAGACAAUCGAGAGUCGAGGCGUUUCACCUAGUGUUGAGGGGAGACUACCAAGGCAAAGAUCGAACUCUGCGGUCCCAAGUCUCGCCAGGUCCGCAGAGCUGCCUCGAAGGCAAGGUUCUGAGGGAACUGACAGCCCUCAGCUUAGCAACCCUGCCCAGGACCGAGCGGACAGGACAGAGUCAUCCCCUCCCCGACCAGGACGUCCCAGUCGCUUGCCUCAAGUUGGCCGAAUCCCCAAGGUCAUCAGCGCCCGGCCAGAGCAGACAUCUUCGAAGAGCUUUUCGAGGCCCUUCAACCGGAUCAGCCUGCAGUUGCCACCUCAGACAAGUGUCGUAGUCGAUACGGAUUCUCUAGCGAAGGGCCCGAGCCCACCAAAGCCAUCGACACCGGAACUAACCCGGGACGGUUCUACCGCGACUGUCGAUACGACUGACUCGGAUGGCCAUCGCGCGCCACCAGCAGGGUAUAGCCUCGCCAACAAUCCUAUUGCCAACGAAUUCUUGAGAUUCUCCCCGCGCAAGGGCUCCCAAGAUACUGCAUGCACCACGUCAAGCAGCUCCGGAAUGCUCAGCUACGCCGACACGACAGCAAUCAUCCGGGAUGCGCAUGCCCCCUUGGUUGAGGACGAGAUCUGGGAUGAGUACAAUGACCUCCUCGGUGAGGAAUCUCUGAAGGUCCCACCGUCUGCUGGCUCUUCGCAAGGAGUGCCGUUCCAUCUUGAAGGGUAUGGGCGAAGGCUGGCCAAGGAGGAGGGCAAGCCACUCGAGUCGCCGGUCUACGCACCGCCGCCAAACCCCGCGAAGAGCGUAGAUGCCAUGAUGGCCGAGAAGCCCUUGGCAACCUCUAGCAUCUACGAGGCCGAGGUGGUGUCGAAACUUAACGAGGCGAUCGACCAGGACGCGAACCCAUUGACUCCGUUCUCGGUCGGCGAGUUUGUGUCCGGGUAUGGCGACCGCAACAUCAGCGGCGAUCUGAGCCAGAUGUCGAAGCGCAACAGCGGAGCUUCCACGGGCACCAAACGGAGGUCCAGGGCGUCGACUACGAGCUCCUGCUCCCAGUCCUCCGAGGACAACUCUCCCCUCUCGCAGGUCAACCUCCGCGUCGGCUCGAUGACGGUCAGCAAGUGGCUCACCUUUGGACACGUCCUCUUCAGCCCCGCGCGGGACGAGCUCGUGCCGGUGAUCGGCUCGCUGAAGCGCCACUCGAUCCUGGUCAUCGACGGCCUGGGCAACGACGACUGGUCCUUCUACGCCGCCGAGACCUACCCGGCCGCGACCUUCUUCAACCUCUCUCCGCGCGCGCCCCUGCCGGCCGAGCACAAGAGCGCCGCCGCCUUCCCCCUGAGCCCGCCGAACCACCACCAGAUCCAGUAUACCUCGCACGCGCACCGGUUCCCCUUCGCGCCCGAGAGCUUCACCUCGGUCGUCUUCCGGUUCCCCGCCGCGGCGCCCGAGGCGCACUACCGCAACGUCGUCUCCGAGGCCCGCCGCGUGCUCCGCCCGGGCGGCUACCUCGAGCUGUCGAUCCUCGACCUCGACCUCCACAACAUGGGGCCCCGCACGCGCCGGGCCGUGCGCGCGCUCAAGGAGCGCAUCCACGCGCGGUCGCCCGAGACGAGCAUCGGGUCCUGCGCCGACGCCAUCGUGCGCAUGCUGGCCGCGCGGGGGUUCUCGGACGUCAAGUCGUGCCGCGUGGGCGUGCCCGUCGCCAGCCCCAUCGCCCGCCGCCCGUCGGACGUGGGCAAGGAGGGCCCCGCCGCCACCGCCGCCGCCGCCGCCGCGAGGACGGCGGCCGGGAAGGACAACAAGGGCAAGAGGAGGCCCAAGAAGGACGACCGCAGCCUGGCGGAGAUGAUGAGCGACGAGAGCCCCGUGGCGGACGAGAGCAUCACCAACAUGGUGGCCAAGGUCGGGCGCUGGUGGCACGCGCGCUGCUACGAGGGGUCCGCGGCCAAUGUCGGCGCCAUCGCCGGCAGCAUCUGGAACGACCGGUCGCUGCUGGCCGAGUGCGAGGAGUGGGCCACGAGCUUGAAGCUCACGGUUUGCUACGCCAGGGUCCCGGAUGUGAAGCGGGUGGCGAGCAUUUAA